AGAGAGAGAGAGAGAGAGAGAGAGAGAGAGAGAGAGAGAGAGAGAGAGAGAGAUGGCAGCAGAGCAAACAAGCAAAACAAUUGAAGCAUAUCCGAUGAAAGGUGGAGACGGUGUCCACAGCUACGCUAACAACUCUUCUUACCAGGGAAGAGUUAAUAACGCUGCAAAAAGGCUGAUCACUGAGGCAGUUGUAGAAAUUCUUGAUAUCGAGAACUUUGCUUCCUCAAACACCUUUCGAAUUGCAGAUUUAGGUUGCUCUGUUGGGCCUAAUACAUUUUUUGCAGUGCAAAACAUAAUUGAGGCAGUGCAGUUUAAGUAUCAAUGUCAAGGGCUUGAUUCUCAGCUCCCCGAAUUUCAAGUCCUCUUCAAUGAUCACACCUUGAAUGAUUUCAACACACUUUUCUCCUCCCUCCCAUUAGACAGGAAAUAUUAUGCUGCAGGCAUACCGGGUUCAUUCUAUGGUCGCUUAUUUCCGAAUGGAUCUCUACACUUCGUUCAUUCUUCUUAUACCAACCAUUGGCUUUCCAGAGUACCAAAACCUGUAGUUGACAAAAGUUCCCCUGCUUGGAAUAAGGGGAGAAUACACUACAAAAGUGCAAAAGAUGAAGUUAUCAAGGCCUAUGAAGCUCAAUACGUUGAAGACAUGGAAUACUUUCUGCAUGCUAGGGCUCAAGAGGUUGUGCGUGGAGGAUUGGUUGCACUUAUCGUUUCUGGACGCCCCAACGGAAUCCACCAUUCUCAAACUACACAAAAUAUAACAUUUGAACUCCUUGGAUCUUGCCUAAUGGACAUGGCUAAAAAGGGAAUAGUUAGUGAAGAGAAAGUGGACUCCUUCAAUAUGCCAUUGUAUUACAUGUCUCCCCAGGAACUAGAAGCUGCUGUGGAUCGAAAUGGGUAUUUUAAUAUAGAGAGAAUGGAGGACUUACCUCCCAUUCAAGAAAUAAUUACUAGUACCAUUCCUAAAAGCCAAAUAAUCGCAUCUCACUUGCGAGCUGCAUUGGAUGGACUAAUCAAGACACAUUUUGGAGAUGCAAUCUUAGACGAGCUCUUUGACUCAUUAAGUAAGAAAAUUGAAGAAGGAAUGCCCAUGGUUAUUUCUGGAGGAUCCAUUAAUUUCUUUGCUCUUCUUAGACGCAAAGCAAUGGAUUAGAACGUGUUUUGUUUAUUUUCGUUUGGUUUGUUAAGUAAUGGUUAUUCACGAAACUUUAUUAUGUAUUUUUUUCUUUUGCUUAUUUUAUUACUAUGUUAAUGUCUCAUUAUAUGUCUCAAGGAUCAUGAAAGAUUACUCCACUAUGAAUUUGAAAGCCAAUAAGAGGCAAGGUUGUACGCAAUAAAA